AUGGCACAGAAGUUAAACCCGCAGAAGAGCCAGCGACUCACCAGCCCCGCCCCCACCCCGCGGCCGCUCGGGCGCACGCAGGACGUGCUCGCCCGCCGCCUCGCGGGGUCGGUGGUCGCCCGCCCGCCCGCCCCGACCCCCACGCCCCCACCCCCCGAGCGGCCGGCCCCCGGCGCCCCGGGCUCUGGCGCCCUCCCCCGGCGGCGGCGGCGGCGGCGGGCUCGGGUCUGCGCCUCCCGGAGCGGCCGCCAGAGCCCGCCCGGGGUCCCCGCCCCACCUCGCCGAGGGGCGGUCGGCCGGGGGCGGGCGCCUGGGGCCCCGGGGCGGAGCCAGCCCGGCCGGCGCGGCGCAGGGAAGCCGCCGCGCGCUAUAAAAGCCGCCGCUCUGGCCGGGGCGCCGGGGAGCGGAGCGCGGCGCGGCCGGUGGGGCCGGACUGGCGGGCGCGGGAGGCGCGGGGCGUCCGGGACAGAGCGCGGCCGGCCGGGCGCGGAGCCCUUCGCUUCUCCGGCGCAGCCGCCCCUCCGCCGGCGCACGUCCCCGGAGCGCGCGGGGGCCCUGGGCUGGGGCCGCCGCACCGCCCCUGCCGCCGCGCUCCCGGCCCGGGAGGCGUGCCGCCGCCGCCGUUGCCGCCGCGGACCCGGAGGUAAGAGGGCCGGGAGCGCGGACGCCCCGAGCUCGGAGCGGGGGCAGGGUCGCGGGAAAACGUCGCCCGUCUGUGGCUUCGGUCGGCCCGCCCGCUCGCUGCUCUGCGUGGCUGAGUCUUGCGCCCGGGACGGUGGCUGGCGGGCGAGGGACCGGUCCGAGGGUCGGGUCGCCGGGUCCGGCCGCUCACACUGUGCACUAGCGCGUGUGCGCCUGGCCACGUUGCGCCCUGCGGCUCGGCCCCGCGCGCUCUUCCUCCUCCUGGGCCCCCCUCCGCCUCCCGCCGCCUCUGGCUCCCGCACCCCCGGAUCGCGCUGGGCUCCCCGCGUCGCGCUGGCGCGGGAGGCGACUGGAUGGCCAGAGACCUUCUGGAAUGGACCCGGCGGCACGCAUGUGCUCUGGAGAAAGGCGCCCAGUGCGCCCGAGGUCGUCAGCCGCAGACUCUCAGCUCUCAGAGACCGCCGCCGCCGGUCCCCAAGCGUCCAGCACGGCGGCCGUCCAGGCGCGCCUCCAGCAGCCGGCUUUGAGGUCCUGAGUCUCGCUCCGCGCAGCCAGCGUUGCCCACAGGUCCACGAGCAGCCUAGAGACGGUGGUGGGGUCCCAGGCGUCUACCUGGGCCACGCGGUGACGAUUAGCGAGCCGAGAUGGCGUGGCAUCAUCAAAGAGGAAUACGCCGGAAAACAGAGCAAAACAAACCCAGGCCCGUGGAAAUGUCACGCGGCAGGAAAGAAGGAAGGAGCCGUGGCCCUGAAGAGCUGGAGAAGGAACGACGCAGGACGUGGCUACCGGAAACGGAAGGGAAGAAUGCAAGGAGACAUGAAGAAGUGCCCGGUGACGAGGGGACCGGAUGACAGACCAAGCUCCUUGUCACCACCUGAUGGAGUCCUUCUCUUCUUCCGCACCCCCCAAGGCCUCGAGGCCGAGCAUUGCCCGCCCCCCGAGGGCCUUCAGGGGGCCUGGAGGCUCCUCAUGCACCGUGUUGAGCAGAAGCUCCCUGGCGCGUCCAGCAUGUGCCGGGUCCCCUCCCCUCGUGUCCCGUACCUGUUUGCAGGGGAAAUGUGGGUGAGGAGAGGGGUGCUACCAGGGGGACGGGCAGGGGCGGUGCAGGUGGACAGCCCCCAGUCCGGUCCCCGAGCGCCGGCCGGUCACACCGAUGAGAGUACGUUCUCUUUCCUCCUUGACCCAGUGGACAUUGUGUGGCUGCCUGGCCCAGCCACCAGGGCCGUGGGGAAGACCAGACGGGCUGAGGGAUGGGACGGGGCGAGUCUGUCGGUCCCGGACUCCUCGGCCGGCUCUGCAGCCCUGAACUGGGACUCGGGGCGAAGGCAAAACCGUGAAGCCGACCAGGACCGCGGUUUGCUCAACUUGGCCUUGGAGAAGUCACCGACGUGCCAGACCGUGCGAUGUGGGACCUGCGCCGCUGGUGAGGGCCAGGGCUGGGACGCGGCCCCCGGUGUGCAGGCCCCGGGACUUCGAGGCGGCCCGCCACCAGGGAGGGGCCCGGCUGACGUGAUGGGGACAUGGCGGGCCCGAAGCUCCCUGGGGCCGGAGGCCUUUCUCGAGGCCUGGGACGGCGCUCUGGCUCACCCCCCACCGCCCCCCCGCCGGAACCUUCUUCCUCUGCUGUCGGUUCCCCCACUCCUGGCCUCUGCAGGCACCCGGCCUUCUCUUGUCCGCGCCUCAGGCUCUCACCUUCUAGGCUCGCGGUUGGAACUGCCACCGGCCCCAAGUGCUGAGAGCCAGCCAAGCCUCAGCACAAAUGGCCGGGGUUCGGACAAGCCAGCGGGGCCGGUGCGCCUUCUCGUCAGCCUCUGCGAAGAGAACGGGAACGAGAGAAUCCGAGUCUCCAUCGUUAGGGGCCUGCGGGCGGCCCCCCACCCACGAAGCCGCUCUCCCGCCGUCCUGACCACGGCAGGCUGCCUGACGUACGUGUGGGCCCCUUAG